UAUAUCACAGGCAAAACAAACCCAGCAAAGCUGUUAGAAAAGAUCUCAGAGGAAGACAGGAUUCACUAGACGGAGGUUUGCACAUACAGACUGUGUCACUGGGAGUAUGCAGUGAGGCUCAGUCUCAUCAGAAAGGAGUCGGUAAAGGACGUUGGGGACCAUGGGGGCCUGGUGGUGGGGCCCGUGCGUGGUUGUGUGUUUGUGGGGGACGGUCAGAGGGAGCUCGCUCGUCUCCAUCGGCCCGUGUGCGGUGGACGCUGGCACGGCGUUGUUUGACUGCAGUCAGAAAAAGCUAGCAGAAAUCCCAACAGCAAUAUGGGACAACGUUUCCACCCUGGAUCUCUCCCAGAACAACCUGGACCUAACACAGCCCCAACAUCUCAGCCAACUCCAGAGAUUCAACCGCUUGGUCACCCUCAAUCUCACAGGCAACUACCUCCCCCUGCUGGUGAGAGGUAGUCUCUGCAGGCUCCAGUCCUUGCAGACUCUGGACCUCAGUAGAUGCCAGCUGACGUCCGUACAGACAGGAGCCCUGAGGUGCCUUCCCAGGUUACAGAGGCUGAUCUUGAGAGACAACCCUCUUCUAGAUCCUAAUCAUGCCUCCAUUCAAGACCCUGGAGCUACUUCCUGGCUCCAUGGCAACCGACGUGACGCUGGCUCGGAUGAUCGGCCGGCCGGCUCCCCCAGGGGGUUUCGGACCGAGUAUCCCCAGGGAGAAGAUCGGGAGGGGUUCUCUGAAGGUGUGAACAUUGACAAACAGAGGCUGCUCCGUAGGAAACUCCUGGCAGAAACCUUGGAAGGCACCACAGUGAGCACAACCACAACCACCAAGAAUGACACGACGGGAGUGAUUCCUCCCGCGCAGGGCUGGGAGUACAUGGUGGCUGUUGUGAUCGCCGCCGUCUCCAUCUCCAUCCUCAUCGCCGUCUUGGCCAAGUGUCAGAUGUUUCAGCGCUACCUGGCGAGCUACAGGCACACGCGACUGAGCGAGGCUGACGCGAUAAGCCAGGGAGAUCCUGCCGGUUUGGAAGUGGGCUAUUCCAUGCAGCAAGGACACGCGCGGAACACGCACUCGGCCGCCGUCCGAGAUGACGAGAUAGGCGAGCACGAGGAAGACGACGACGGCUUCAUAGAGGAUAACUACAUACAAGCCAGCGAGAGAGAGCGAGCUCAGCGGGCAGCCGAGAAACUCGAGGACACCGAGGAAGAGGAGGAGGAAGAGAUGGACGAAAUUGAAUUCACCAUUGGCUAGUGUCAAAGUUGGGAGACAGUGUGUGAGAUUGGAAGACCACAGUGUGCUCGCUGUUCAUGUGGCUCGUUCACAUCACAUGAUUUAUGUUUAAGUUUUUAUGCACACUAGACCAGGCCUGCUAUGGUGGAGAACGGGUUCUCAACCCCGAGUUGUCAUCAAGCUCUGCAGAAGCCUGAUGACAACCCAGUCAUUUGAAUCAGGUGUGUUGGAAGAGGGAAAUAAAACAUGCGGGUCAGGGUUGCCCCCAGGAGAAGGGUGGGGCAAUAUUGAUGAGGAAGGCUUAACUGUUGUGCUGUUGAUGGCUGUUGAUUUCAUGGUUAAGCAGGGUUGUGUAUAAGCCAUCUUAUUGUUUAUUUAAUUUUUUGCUCAUGAAAAUCUUCAAUUAAUUAAUCAAGUGCUUUUUAUGCUUCUGGUCUACUCUGUUUUCUCAGCAACAAUCAAAUUUAGUUUCUAUCCAGUUUUGCACUCCAUUUGUUACAGCUUUUUUAUAUAUAUAUAUAUAUAAUAAAAGCCGUUGAUUU